AUGUUCCGUCAAAGCAUCACCAGACCUCUCUCCUCUGCCAACCGGGCCGUCAUCAACCGAUCCUUCUCUGCUCUCGCCCCCAGAAUGGGUGAAGGUGACACUGGCGCUCCCAGCCCUGGUGGCUCUCAGCAGUCUGACCAGUUCAAGCGCCGUGAAGCCGCCCAAGAGGGUCUCUACAUCAGGGAGAAGGAGAUGGAGAAGCUCCGUGCUCUGAAAAAGAAGCUCGGCGAGCAGCGCCAGCACUUGGAUGCCUUGGAUAAACACAUUGACGAACUUACCAAGGAACAAGGUGGUGAACAGAACUAA